AUGGAGCAUGAAGGAGGUACUCCAGCAGAGUCUCCAGCAGUUACAAAAGUGAAGGAUUUCCUGAACACUACUUGUGGAUCCAUCUUGAAGGCAUGGCUAACUCAGUUCGAUGUGGACCUGGACUACAGGGUUUCAAAGAUUGAGUUUGUGGAUGGCAUGCGGGCACUAGGGUACACUGCCGGAGAGCUCCACAAGUUGUUCGCCGAGAUCGACGUUGACGGCUCCGGUGAGAUUUUGCUGGAUGAGCUGGACCCAGAGCAGGCCAUGUUGUGGAACACCUUCCGCUCAUGGGCCGUUCAAAGCUUCGUGAGCAUAGAGGACAUGAUUCUCAGUUUGACAGAAGAGGGGAACCCGUUGAACCUCGCGACGAAGGACAUGGAGUGCGUCUCGCAGGAAUCCUUCUGCAGGAGGCUCCCAGAGCUCGACUGGAAGGCAGGGCAUGAAGAGUUCCUUUUCUCAGUUCUCGACAUGGACAACGACGGCCGCCUCAGGCCGCACUGCCUCCGCUGGUUGGGCAUUGAGCUGAAGCGCCUUCAGCGGAAGCGUGCGGCAAAAGCUGGUACGGUCAAGAAGAAGUCGUCGGGACUCCAGCAAAGCGUAUUGGAGCAAGAGUUGCAUGAGUUCAAAGAAGAUAUCCGGAGAAGGUUCGGGGGCGGCAACCUGACCCGGGCAUGGCGUGUGGCGCUAUCUGACACGAGCGUGCUGCCCAGGACGCGAUUCCUCAAGGCUUGUGCCAAGAUGGGCUACGCCAAGAAAGGCAAGGACCUCUGGAAGAUGCUGGACAAGACGGGCAGUGGCUUCGCCUCCGUCGAUGAGAUUGAUCCCAAAACUGCGCAGGUUUUGGCUCACUUUAAGAAGUUUGUGGAUGAGCGCUUCAACGGCUAUCAUGCCGCAUUUGAGAAUCUGGAUCUUGAUGGCACGCGGAAGAUCCGACUGCAACAGUUCCAACAAGGGCUCGAGAAGUUUCGGUUCCCCUUUCACAAGCAAGCGGCGACGCUUUUUGCUGCCUUAGACCUGGACGAGAAUCAUGUCAUCGAUGAGGACGACUUGCACUUCCUUGAAAAAUGGAGCCCGUUGCCUUUCUUGACGGCGUCUCCGAACCCGAGGGCAAGAGAAGAAGUUCGAAAGCUCCUCAUUCAUCGCUAUGGCCGUGCAGUGAAAGUAUGGCGGCACCUUUUGGAUCGAGAUGGCAGCAAUCGCUGCAAUUGGCAUGAGUUCCUCUUCGCUUGCAAGACCUGCGGCUACCAUGGCGACAUUCCUGGAGCGUGGCGGGCAUUGGAUGUGGAUCUUUCAGGGUACAUCACCUUGAAAGAGUUGGAUGCAGAAAGCCAUGGGACACUCAUGGAAUUCAGGACUUGGGCCUUGGACGAAUUUGGUUCGGCCAAGGCCGCCUUUUCAGUCUUCGAUCGCGAUGGGUCGAAUACCUUAACCUUCCAGGAAUUCCGGGCAGCCUGCAAGAUCUAUGGGUACGAGGGGCAUGCCAAGCAGCUUUUCGCAGCUCUGGAUGUGAGAGGUGAGGGCUCUCUGUCCUUGAAGGAGGUUGCUUUCCUUGACGACUGGAGGGACGAUGUGGACGAGAUGAGGAAGGCCAGAAAGGCCAUCGCGGGCUUUCUGCUGUCUCCGAUCAGCCCACGAAGCUUGUCAGCAUCUGCGUGA